GGCUUCACAACUGGUCUUCCUUGGCAACCCAUCAACAGCGAGUCAGGCAUCAAGAAAUAACAGCUCGGACUGGAUGUAAACUGAAGUCAUCUCACAGAUCCAGGAGAGUGUACACAUUGCCCACAUUGCAUCGACUUGAACAUGGCGUUGCCAUUUUUACCAGGAAAUUCCUUCAAUGGAAGCAUGGGAAAAACAAAGUACCAUAAAUCUCAUCACUUUGACAACUGCAACGAUGUCUCGAUGUUGGUCGGACAUGAGAAGCCAGGUAUUGGCGGUGAGCCUCUCCUGGGACAGAAGUUGAGGCCGAAGAACUCGGUGUUCCCCAGCGGAGAGGGUAGCAAUGUUCCGGCGUGGGUGGCCUUUGACAGGCAGGUCCUCUGUUUUGAUGCUUUCUUCCAGGAAGCUGUUCACGAGAAGAGAGAAGAACAGUUUAGAAUCAGGAAUUGUAAAAUCUAUUUCUACUUGGAGGAUGACUCCAUCCAGGUCAUAGAGCCGAGGGCAAAGAACAGCGGCGUUCCUCAAGGAACCCUGAUCCGAAGACACCGAGUGCCAAAGCCACCGCCACAUGACGAUGUGUUCUACACGGUGGAGGACUUCAACAUCGGAGUGGAACUCAAUCUGUACUCCAAGGUGUUCAAGGUCACAGGCUGUGACCAGUUCACUCAGAACUUCCUCAGGAAACUGGGCGUGCGGAUCAACGGCACAGAGGACAUUCCCACUGAUCCCUAUGUACAGCACCGGAAAGCUAUGGACGAGAGCAUGCAGCCACUGCGCCCCUACGAGAAGCAUGACACUCUCAAACAGUUCCUGGACCAUGACCGUCAUGUCCUGCGUUUCUACUGCUACUGGGAUGACAGUGACAACAUGUUCGGUGAUCCAAGGGAGAUGAUCCUGCACUACUUCCUGGCUGACGACACAAUCGAGAUUCGCGAAUCCAUCCCACCAAACUCUGGCCGUGAUGCUGUCCCUGUGUUUGUCCGCCGAGGCAAACUGCCCAAAGAUGUCGAUUCCCUCAAACAGCCUGGCACUGUCACUGACCGGACAGUUCUCAAUGUGUUCGGACCAACUGGACACGGAGGCCGAUAUAUUCUGGACAGCUUGAAGACUGGAGCUGUUCACACUGAUUUCUACACGGACACUGACCUGUCAAUAGGGGCUGUGUUAAGUGUGUGGGGACGGAAGUUCCUGUUGACGGACUGUGACCAGUUCACGAAGGAGUACUACCAGACCAAGUAUGGCAUCGAUGAGUUCUCCCCCAUCAGCUACAAGCAGAGCGCCAGCCGAGCGGUAAAGAAAACCUUCCCCCCCUUCAAUGGGUUCGGCAGUGAGGAGGAUUCCCUGUGCUCAUGCAUGGGCCUGAUGCCUAAACCCCCCAAGAGAGACUUCAUCAAGUUCAUGGAGAAGGAUCGUCAUGGCCUGGACAGCAACGUCCUUCGCUUCCUGGCCCGCAUGGACACCAACAAGCCCAUCGACAUGGACAGACGGUUCAUCAUCUCCUACUUCCUCAGUGACGAGAGUGCGCUUGUGUUUGAACCACCCAUCAGGAACUCAGAAUCUCCACCACAAACAGAAGGAGGAAUCAUUGGUGGCAAGUUCCUUGAGAGAGGCAGAGUGAAGAAACCCUGUCAGGAGCCCUACAGUACAGAGAUAUCCAGCUACUACACUGCCCAAGAUCUGUAUGUUGGAGCUGCUGUGGAGUUCAAUAAAUUCAAGUUCAUCCUCAUUGAUGCUGAUGAAUAUGCAUUCAGAUACAUGGAGGAGAACCCUAGAGAAUUCCCCAAGGCUGAUGUGAGAGCCAUUAGCCAGAAGCUGUCCAGCAGGAUCGGCGAGAACAAGGAGGAUAUCCAAGCCUUCUUUGCCAGGAACGACUCCAGUGGCAAUGGACUAGUGUCAUAUGAACAGUUCAGUGGUCUCCUGCAACAGAUGGACAGCUCGCUGACCGAGCACGAGAUUAUGACUGUGGCACGGUACUACAGUGAGCAGAGGGCGGAGGAUGCCAUGGACCAGAUGAGACUUGUGGCCAUCACACAGGAACAGCUCAGGAAGAGGAACUUUGAAGGGUUUGGGACACUGGUACAGAGCUUCCUGCACACAGACAAGGAAAAAUGUGGCUUCCUAGAUGGAGAGACCAUCCGCACAGUAUUCCAUGCACACCAUGUUCCCCUGCCUGAUGAUCUCCUUCGUGCAGCACUUGCAGCUGCACCAGCCAAUGAGAAUGGCUUAAUCCAGUAUGAGGAGUUUGUGAAGCAGAUCAACUGGCGUGAUUUCCCAGUACCGCCCAUGCAGUAUCAGCCUGUGUCUGAAGAUGCAGAAUGGGCAGGCACUGCUGCCAGGAAUGCUGUCAAUGCCGUCAACUACCAGGCCAUGCUUUCAGACAUGUAUGGUUCUAGUUAAUUGUGCACAUGCAUUCACAGACUCAAGCAGCAAUGCUAUAACAUUAUAAAAGGGAAAUAUCUCAAGAUAACUAAACUAUGUGGAAAUUAACUGACAUUUGUAUAUAUAGAUAUGGAGAGUUGUACAGGAAUUUGUCUGAAGUUCAUGUAAGUCAAUAAAGUGGUGUGUCUCCCAAUUGGUUACCAGUAGAGAAAUUCAAUCACAUGAUUUUCAUUAGAAGAACAUUCAUUAUUCAUUCCGGAAACAUUUUUCAACGCCAGUUGUACGGAUCAAAUAUCAAGCAUAGACAUGAUUAUAGCAGCAUUUUUGUGCUGUCGUUAUUUGACCACUUAAAUCAAAUGUUAUAUGGUAUGGAACAAGUUGAAAUUCAUACCAAGUUGUGAAAGGAGGUUUAUAUCAUAAUUUGCCUUUGUUUACAUCCUUGUUUUUCAUGAACACUUUGUUACAGUAUCCUUUAGACGUUUUUAUGGCUAUUUAUGAAAUAAUGUUUUCAUGAUUUUUGAGGUCUGUGAUAUUAAGUUCAAAUAUAUACAUGUUUAACCAAAAGAUGCAAGAUCAGUCAGUACUAUAGUUUGGUCAGUGCUAGUGAAAUGAAUUCAACUUUGCCACUGUCACUAUACUCCUUUACACACCAAGCAAACUGUAGUUUCAGUUUCACUGUCUUGUCGAAGUCCUUUCAAGAUCGCCGGAGAUACAUUUUAAAAUGGACAGCUUUUCACAGUUUUAUUACUGGUACACGUGAUAUGUCUGAGGACUGGACUUGUGAUCUAUAAAGAUCUGGACAUUGAGACACAGCUUUAACAUGUAUUCACUCACUGCUGAUGUAGUAACAUGUCCAUUGCAAAUGUAGUCAUCUAUUCUUAUAUGCCUACAUUUGUGAAAAGUGUUUUGUAAAUACUGACUUAUGCUAUCCAAAUAAAGUUGUGCAUAAUAGUGAAAA